AUGAAUCGGUAUGAAUUCUAUGAACUCAAAUCAUGGAUGUACCUGCCGGUUAUUUUCAUUGGUUUGCUUGGAAACUUCGCAUCAUUCCUAGUCUAUCGGACGGCACCAAUGAGGAAAUCUACCGUUGGCACUCUUCUGCUCAUCCUUUCUCUCAUCGACAUACUUCUUCUUCUUUUGAUAACUCCCAUCUUUGUUCUUGUUUUUCUGCCACUUUGGCAGGAUCAAUGGCAAAAAUAUUCUUUUCAUAUGAGCUUUUUCGCCUACAGUACUCGAUAUGUGUAUCCAUUGUGUAUGAUGACAAAGUCCUGUAGUUUGUACCUUAUGGUUCUAAUUACUAUAGAACGAUGGAUUGCAGUUUGUAGGCCAUUACAGGUAAAAAAGUUUAAAACUAAUAUUAUUUCUAAAAAUUAUUUAAUUCAGGCCAAGGUACUAUGUACCAAUCGAAAUACAAUGAAAGCUGGAAUUUUCAUUAUAAUCUUCUCAAUUGUAUUUAACUUUCCUAGGUUUUUUGAUUACAAAAUUGGAGAUGGAUAUUUAUCUGAAAUGUGGAUGCUGGACACUGACAAACACUGGUGGUACUUUAUGUUUUAUUUCAUCAUUUUAUCAGUUAUCUUCGACUAUUUCCUUCCAUUCCUUAUCAUGACAAUCGCCAAUUACCACGUCAUCCGAGCCCUCCAGGAGAGCGAUGAAGUCAUCACUGGCCUUGCCGUUCAAAAGAGGAAGGAUCAAAAAACGACAGUAAUGCUUCUAGUUGUCACAAUUUUCUUCGCAUUCUGUCACUUGUUUUCAAUGUUUUUGAAAGUUGCCGAGAGCAUAUUCGGAGGAUUUCUUACCCAAACAAGUUUCUAUUGGGAAGUGUUUGCUGAAUUCACAAUCUUCUUAAUCAUUUUCCACACCUCCAGCACUUUCUUCAUUUAUUACGGAUUCUCGGAGAAAUUCCGAACAAUAUUCCAUGACAUCAUCAGAUGCCGUCAAAGAUUAGAUGAUGUGAAAUGUUCCACAUACCUACCAGUCAACUCAUCUGGAGCUGUUUCUGAAUCGAAAUCUCGAAAAUCUCCUGCAGUUGUCUAA